CUCCCGCCUGGGCCCGCGCUCCCGGGAGCCGCCACCGCGCUCUCCCCGCAGGGCCCGAGCACCCGGGCGGGGCUUGCGCUACCCCCGCCUCGCCCCUCGCCGCGCCAUAGCGCCGGGAGGAGAACCCGCUGUCCCCCUUUCUCCUUGUUAUUCGUCUCCUCGCUGAGCUUCGCCAUCAUCACCUCGCCCCGGGGCGGGGCCCGCCUCACCCUUGAGGCCCGGCGGCUGGGAGCGCCGGGAGAGCUGUACAAGUUUCACUGCCAAAUAUGCUCCUUGCAAAGACGUUUCCAGCACAGCGAAGUGUGGGAGAGACUGACACUGUCACUCUGGGGCUGAAGAGAGUCACAUCUCUCCUGUCUGGUAAUAAAAGAAGAACUCUGUGGAGGCAGAACUCCUCUGCCGUUGCACCAGUGCUCUCCUCAUCCCAGAUGGUCUCCAUGGGGUGCUCAUUUGUUGGUGCCUUUUCUUACAACUUCAGGCUUUAAUUGAUUCCUCGAGAUGUUUGCAAAAGCAACAAAGAAUUUUGUGAGAGAAACUGACAGUGGAGGUGACUUGAUCCCUGUCUCCCACCUGAAUGCCUCAGACAAGCUGCAGCUUCUAAGCUUAGUUACCAAGAGGAAGAAAUUGUGGUGCUGGCAGAAGCCCAAGUAUCAUUUCUUGACAGUCACCCUGAGUGAUGUGCUUACUGAAGACAAACCUAUAAAGCCAGUAAUUGUGGAAUCUGACUUUGCAAAAUAUACGGGGAAGUUUGAAGAUCUUGUUCAAGGAAGUAUUGAGACUUCAUUUGGAAAGAUUAGCCUGGGAGCUGGAGGAAGGGGCUAUGUGCAAAACCAGUCCUCAUUUGGAAACCUGAGGAAGCAGGAGGUUGACUUGCAGCAGCUUAUGAAGGACGUCAAGGACAGAACAAUAAAUCUUAACAAUAGUUUACUGCAGCAAGUGAUGGAAAGAAAACGGGAAGUGCUGUGCAUCUUGACAGAAAAGAUAGUAACAACUCAAAAGUGUACCAUACAUGAACAUACCCAGACAGAAGAAAAAAUCAGUGGACUGAUGGGAUGGAGUACAAAAAUAGUAAAGGUUUCAGUGAGUGAAAAUGGAAGUAUGAUGAAGGAUUCCAGUGUAAUCCUUGAAAUUCCUCCUGCAACCACUAUUGCCUACGGUGUAAUUGAACUGUUUAUAAAGCAGAGUGGCCACUUUGAAUUCUGUCUGCUAGAUGAACAGCAAGGAGGUUUUGAAAAAGAAAGCACUGAAGGUUCAACUUCUCCCCACUCAGCAGUAUUCAGAGAUGCUUCAUUUCUGUAUCAGCCAGAUGCUGUUGAUCAUGAGAUGUACUCUGGGGCUAAAAACUUCAUUCCCAGUGAUGCUUCUUUAAGUGUAUUGAAACAAGAUCUGUCACAGUUGAAGACUCAGUUCCAGCCCUUUGUGAAGCUUCCAGAAUACAGGCAAAGAGCUUUAUAUAAAGCCCUUUGUGAACUCUUGCUCCAUGAAGAAAUGGUAACUGCCCUGGAGGACAUGUUAGAUGAUACCUGCACAGGAGACAAACCAGAUCUGAAGGAGUUAAAACCUGCACAACAAGGAGACCUUGUUGACUUCUUGCAGCUCUUGGGGUGCAGUUUACAGGAUGAGCUGUUGUUACAGAAAUACCAGCCUCAGGAUGAGGAACUCUUCACAGCUGCUCACCUCCUCGUCAGUGCUAUCUCUGAGCUUCCUGAUUACACUCGUGUCCUGCUGCGUGCCUGCUGUGAUCUUCAGGUUGUUCCUGCAUUGUGUGGCUUGCCUGACAUGGCUUCAGCCGAUGGCACGGUGGCGCUGAGCAGUCCUUUGGUGGCUGCUCUCACUGACAGAGGAAGAUUUGAUGUUGUGCAAAGGCUGUUUGCAUCAUCCAACAUUAUUUUGGAAAUGAAAGAGUCUUCUGUAAAAGCUGUAACUAUGAAGGAACCCAGGUUCUUCCCCCUUGUUCUUUAUGUCGCGUUGCAUGGAUUUGGCGCUUUAGGUGGGAAGAUAGAGGAGCUCUGCUGAGCACCCAGGUGUUGUUCUUUCUCCUGUAGCUCUGCAGGGUAGCAUCUGUGUGUUGGAGUUGGCAGUAGGGCCUCUCUGUUGAGUACUUGCCCCAGUCCAGCCCCAGGGGUUGUGGAGGUCAGGGUGGACUGAGCAUGCCUGGGGUGAGCACUCUGCAGUACCACCAGGUCUGCUGCUGCUUUGGGGUUUUGCUGAGGUCUGUCUGCAGUGGAAAAGACAUAAAUAAGCCAUGAAGGGGAAAAA